CGUCACUUUGUUGCGUUUAUUCUUCAUUGCUGCCGUGGAUUUCCAUAGCUCCAUUAAAUUUCAUCAACUGAACUAGCUAGAACCGUGUCCUUUGGAAGGGUUAUCACUUCUGAAUUGGGAGAGACAAGUUUCUAAUGGUAUUUGAAGAAGGAUGAAUUCAGCUCUAGUGAAAGUUUAAUAAGCAUUGAUUAUUAUAUGGGUACAAUAAGUAGCCAAGGCGAUUUAUUCCACCCGGUUAAGAUGAAGCCAUAAUAUUGGAUCAAUUGAUGGAGGGAUUUGAUCUUUUGAUUUUAAGAUAUCUACUUCAGUGUUUUAUUCUUUGCCUCUUCAUUCUUCUUCCUUCUACACAUGCACAACCAGGGUUCUUGAGCAUAGCCUGCUGUGCGGACUCGAACUAUACAGAUAACAAUUUACAAUGGAUACCAGAUGACGGUUGGUUUCCUGAUAGACGAGGCUGUAGAACCAUAACGAGGACUAAUGGGUACAAAAAGGCUCGUGUUUUUGACCUCGAAUCGUCCCCGAUGUGUUAUACCUUGACGACAAUUAGGGAUCGGGAAUAUCUGGUCCGGAGUUCUUUUUCUGGGAACACAGAGACAGCUGGUCCGGGAUCGUCGUUCCAAGUCGUGGUUGGGAAGACGGUUGUGGGGGAGGUGGACUCGACGGUGGACUCGGUGGUGGAGGGAAUAUUUAGGGCCACAUAUGAGGCUGUUGACUUCUGCUUGGUUCAGGAAAAUGGGGAUGUUUAUAUUUCGAGUCUUGAACUAAGGCGUGUAGAUGGGUUAGGGCUUGCGGAGGGAGAUCCUUCCAGAAUUUUGAAGGUGGUUGAUAGAAUUGAUCUUGGGGGCAGCAGUGCAGAGAUCAGAUACCCAGAGGACCGAUAUGACAGGGUCUGGAAGCCAGCGUCAAGUCCAGAAUCCUCAGCCAGCGCCAAUGUUUCUGUUCACAAUGCCACCCCAACAGUGCCUCUCGAAGUCCUACACACCGCUGUGACGAAGCCAACCCGUCUGGAUUUCAGUCACAAUAACCUUGACACAGGGUAUUUCAACUACUCCAUAAUCCUCUACUUUCUUGAACUUAGUGAAACUGUCUCAGUUGGCAAAAGGGUAUUCGACAUUUACAUUAACAAUGAGAAGAGAGUGCAGAAAUUUGAUAUUUUGGCCGAUGGAUCCAACUACAAAGAGGUUACUUUGAGUGUCAGGGCAAAUGGGUCACUAAAUUUCAGCUUGGUUAAGGUCGCAAAUGGAUUUGAUUUAGGACCCAUUUGUAAUGGCUACGAGAUUUUCCAGGUCCGACCAUGGGUUCAGCCGGUGGACCCAAGAGAUGUGACUAUGAUGGGAGAAGGGAAGCAAAGGUUGUUGAAGUCUGACCAAGUUGAUAAUUGGGCUGUGAUGAGGUGGGUGAGGUAUGAGUUGUGGACUUUUAACCAAGAAAUAAAAAUAUUAACAGAAAAUUGGACUGGAAAUCCAUGUCCUAAUCGGUGGGAAGGUGUGGUUUGCGGCAACUCAAAUGAUACCACUUUCAAAAUCACAGCGCUAGAUCUUUCUAGCAAAGGAUUUUAUGGGCCAAUCCCUUCCAACAUCACAAAUUUAACUGACCUGCAAUAUCUGAACUUGAGUUGCAACUACUUCAAUGGCACAAUCCCAACAUUUCUCUUAAAUUCCAGUUUGAAAUCAGUAUUUGUUGGGUGCAAUCCUCUGCUCAACACAUCUUUUCCAACUGAGGGCCCAAACCUAGUCAUUGAAGACAAUAAUACAACGUGUCAGUGCAAAUCAGAAAAACAGGGGCAUGGAUUAGCAAUUGGCAUUGCUACAAGUGGAUUCAUCCUAUUUAUUGUUCUUCUUGGAACAGUCUUCUGCUGCCGCAGGAAAAAAUUGAUUGCUCAAGGAAUAUUUGAUGAGAAACGACAUCCAAUGAAAAGUGAUCCGGUGUACAAUAUAUCCAGCAUGGAUGACGUCAUUAUUAAGCCCAUUUCUAAACAGAUAGAGACAUUUACUCUAGAGUAUAUUGAGACUGUCACCGAGAAAUACAAGACUGUGAUUGGUGAAGGAGGCUUUGGACUUGUGUACCAAGGUACUUUACUUGAUGGUGAGGAAGUGGCAGUGAAAGUCCUCUCAGCCACAUCAACUCAGGGAACUCGAGAAUUUGAUAAUGAGCUAAACCUUCUUUCGGCUAUUCGGCAUGAGAAUCUGGUCCCUCUUCUUGGUUACUGCCGUGAGAAUGACCAACAGAUCCUUGUUUAUCCUUUCAUGUCCAAUGGCUCUCUACAAGAUCGCCUCUAUGGAGAAGCAGCAAAGAGGAAAAUUUUGGACUGGCCAACAAGGCUAUCCAUUGCUCUUGGUGCUGCUAGAGGUUUGAUGUAUCUUCACACAUUUGCUAGGGGAUGUGUUAUACAUAGGGAUGUAAAAUCAAGUAACAUACUUUUGGAUCAUAGUAUGUGUGCCAAGGUUGCAGACUUUGGUUUCUCUAAGUACGCUCCUCAAGAAGGGGAUACUGGCAUUUCCCUUGAAGUACGAGGCACUGCUGGCUACUUAGACCCUGAGUACUAUUCAACCCAGCAGUUAUCUGCAAAAAGCGAUGUAUACAGCUUUGGCGUGGUUCUGCUAGAAAUUGUCAGUGGAAGGGAGCCUUUUAACAUUAAGGGGCCACGAAAAGAAUGGAGCUUAGUUGAAUGGGCAAAACAUUUCAUUAGAGAGUCAAAGAUUGAAGAAAUUGUGGACCGUAAUAUUAAGGGCUUGUACCAUUCGGAGGCAAUGUGGAGAGUGGUUGAGGUGGCAUUGACAUGUACUGAGCCCUUAUCUGCCAACCGACCGUGCAUGGAUGACAUCGUGCGGGAGCUGGAGGAUGCCCUGAUCAUAGAGAACAAUGCAUCUGAAUACAUGAAGUCCAUUGAUAGCCUAUACAGCAUUGGAGGGUCCAAUCGUAUCCCAACGGCUGUAGUGAGCAAACUUCUACUCUCCAUCCCGAAUUCAAUGGACCCAUCACCCAGUGUCCCACAAGCAAUUGCUCCUCCAGAGCCAAGGUAGCAGAUGUUGGGGUAGGCAUUCAACAGUACACAAAUGAUGUUCAGCCAACAACGAGAAAUCCUUGGAUACUUAUACUGCAGACUUAAGCACCCUGGCUUGUAGCCCUCCAAUCUAUAUUUGUGUUUGUAUUUAAAGAAUCAAACUUCUAUGACAGU